AGUGAUUUUUGCUCAUGAAUAUGCAUGUUUGUGUAAUUCUACACAAUUCUGUCUCUUUGAUUUCUGGGGAUAAAUGACACCUGUGAUUCUUCAUCAGUAAGUUCUCUGUGUUCAUAUGAGAGUUGAAGGUCAGCCAUCAAACCCUAAACACUUCUUGAUAUCUUCUGUCUGUCUCUGCUCAGCUUUAGCUGAACUGCAACUUCUCUAUACAGAUGUCAUAUAUGUUUUCAUAUGAAUAUUAUACUAUCUUUUUUUAUUUCAUAACAUUUAUUCUGAAAGUUAAUUUAAAAGUGUUGGCUACCUGUUAUCCAUUUUCUAGUUAACUUGUGUUAAAAUUUUUUUUUUAUUAAAAACUGAAAGCAGAAUUGAUUUGAAAGCCACGAAUUUAGUGAGCGACGCAGAUUCACGACACCUGUGUGCGUGACGUCACAUGACCUGACCUGUAGCGGUCCUCAGCGUGAAGUGAGAAGAUUGAUUGUGAAAGUUUUCACGCAGUUCUUUGUCCUGUGAAUAAGAUAUGAGCUCUAAUCCACAUGCUGCACAGGACCUUACAGAAGACACGCAGCAGCAUCCGGAGGUCACGCAGUCCUCAAUCCUCUACCUGCUUCAGGAGGCCACUAAACUCGCUGCGCCUGCGGGGGACCACGGGUUAUCUUCCUCAGCGCCACAUGGAGACGCGUCCUGCAGCGUCCGUAAAGAGCCCAGCUGCAGUUCUUCGUCAGAGUUCACAGGAUCUUUCUCUAUAAUGCGUGAGUCUGUUAGCAGCAAUGCAUGGGAGGUGAUGCGUCUGAUAAACCAACAGUGCGAGUGGUUGCUGCGCUCUGGCUGUGGACAUGAAGAGGAGACCGAAACGGAUUCCUUGGGCAUUACAGAGCCUGUUCCCUUAGCCGCUUCGCAUUCCUGCUGUCACGCUUCGACGUCUGGCCCGCACGAAGCUGCUGUGCUCUACGGUACCCGGCCCACAAAUGAACUCUCGAAUGGGAGCGAUGAAGAGGAAAUAAAAGAACCUGAUGGUCUUGCUGAGCUCAUCAUGAGCAACACGGCAGAAAACGUCUGUAGGAGCAAGGGGAAUGAAAACUGUUGGAAAGAAAACCCAUCUGUGGUGCCAAACGUGUCCAGAGACGAGAUGCGCAUCAGUGAUCCUGUCGCCCCUUCUGUGGGCACAGACUCGGCCAUCUGCCCCGUCGAUUUCACAUCCUGUCUAGUGUCUGAACGAGAAGGUGACAAUGCGUGGCUUGCGGUGAAUGCUUACGAAAGCCAACAGGCUUCAUCGCAGUCCGCCGAUGUCAAUAAUAAUCUUGAGGAGAGUUUGGAGAAGGAACCGGGAGAGCCGCGAGACCUCCAGGAGGCACCGUCCCAGCAGCCCUGCAGGCGGACCCAGAGAAAGCAGCCACAUCCCGCCCGGAGCCCCGACCCCCGUGAUCCUGAUGUGCUGGGGGUCACGUUCAGCAUGCACCCAGAACUGAACGCUAGCACGGAUGAGUGCAGGCUGGUUAUAACCUCAAACUGCAGUGAGGAGAUCAGACGCAUCAGAAGAACGAGGAGCGGUCGGUGCAGAUCUUUCCAAACUUCUCAGAGGACCAGCAGCUCGGAGGAGGAAAGCGACUCGUGUGGACCGUCCGGAAGUAAAAUGUGUGCGUCCUGCCUCACGAGGAAGACUCCUCUGUGGAGAGAUGCUGAAGAUGGGACUCCUCUGUGUAACGCCUGUGGGAUCAGGUACAAGAAAUAUCGCGUGCGAUGUCAUCACUGCUGGAACAUUCCUAAGAAAGACGCGAAGAGCAACUCAAAGUGUUUGAAGUGCGGCGAUGUUCUCGGACUAAACUCACAGCAGAAAUCCAGCAGCUGGUAGGACGCCGGCUCUGAUAAUCUCACAGAUCUCAGAAUCUCUUGUUGUAAACAAACAGAUUGAAUGGAUGUAACGGUUGAAAGUAUUUAACUCUGUCCUCUGUACAUGACCAGUGCUUGUUAACUUAUUUAUGUAACUUUGUGAAUUGAUAUGUUUUUGUUUGUUAACUGUCUCACGUCUGCGUGUUCUGUGCUUUAAUGCAUUAUUAUAUUGUUGCUUU